AUGGUAGGGACGGAGCAAAAUUUGACAAAGUCGUCCACAACUUCCUCAUCCAAACCUAAGCGACAAAGAAACCGGACUCCCAAAAGCUGUAUACAAUGUUCCAAACGAAAGAUCUUUUGUUCCAAGGAGAGACCAGCGUGCAGCAAUUGUAUCAAAUACUCAGUUGGUCAUCUUUGCUCAUACGCUUUGCCUCCGUGGGCUGAUGUGUCUGCUAGAGAUGUAACCAAUAACAUCGACGACAACAAUGGCAAUUUUGACAAGUACUACAGCGUCAAGGCCACAGAUGCGAAAUUGACCUCGCCACGUUGCUCCUUACUAGAAGAGUCACUUUCGCCUGCACGAAUACAACAAACGGAUGAAUAUCGUCAGUUGAAACAAAGAAAUGAAAAGGUUAUACAAUCUCAGCGGAAAGAAAUAGAUGAUUUGAAGCGCCAGCUUUCUGUACAACAGCAGCUAUCACCCAUUGAUGCUACAACUAAACACCAGCAACUGCAGCUUCAACAACAACAACAGCAAUUAUCAAAUCUGGGUCAUAUCCUAAUUACAGUUUUGAACAAGAUAAGCCCCUUGACAAAUUCCUACAACAACAACAACAACAACAACAAGAUAGAAAUGUUGAAUGAUUACACUCUUUGCAGUAUUAAUAAUUCUACCAUUGGCAAUAAAAAUGUCUACGUGGACACCUAUUCUUGGAUUAAUAUCAUCAAAUUAGACCCACAACUAACCACGCUAUGGUUUCGCAUUACUAAUUUGCAAAAGAUGUAUCAUGUGUAUAAGAUGAAUAUGUUGAAAGGAGGCCACAAUAGCAACACUGUUGUCAAAAAGGCACCGAAGAAGUCGAAUUACAAAAUCAAUGAGAUUGACUUUACACAUUCGCUUCGUCCAACUACUCCCAAUGGAUCAAACAAGGAACCAAGACUGCAGCAGAGCCAACCAUUGAGGUGUCCUGUAGUUGAGUGUGAUUUCAAUUUUAUGUCGGAAGAGCAACAGUUCACAACGCCAAGUCCAAUGAAAUCAACCUCGGUAUCCCCAACAAUGAAGCUUGAAUCAGCAGCAAUAAUAAAUGAGAAGCCCAUGCUUUCCGACCUCCAGCUGAAAAUGAUUCGUCUUUGGGAAUCAUUGAUCAGUUUACCCAGAGGUGAAUCAAAGUUGAAUGUACAGCAAAUACACUUUUUGCUAGACUACUAUUACAACAGUGAUAUUGAAAGUAAAGACAUUCUUUCGUUUUACCGGUUUGACAUUCAAGCUGUUUUCAAAAAGACUACGAAUGAUGAAGUUGUGCUCAACUUGCCACAGAAUACAGGAGGGCCAGACUUUGAGGCACAAUUGAAAUCUUGUGGAAUAUUCCUAUGCAUGUUGGUUUUGAUUGUUGAAGAAACGUUGUCCGAGUUGAGAGUGAUAUUCAAAGAAGCUAUCGAUAAAGAUUUGUGCGAUCAAUUUGAAGAUACCUUCCCCAAUGAAGUUUUGUUGUUAAGCCUUGGUCCCCGUCAAAAUAACUUGCUUCACAACGUUCAAGAGUUGUUAAUUCAUUUUGAAAACGAAAAGUGCAACAAGUCAUUAUCUUACUGUGCCGCGGUUAUUGCCUUACUAAAUAGGGAAAUUGAUGAUUACAGAAAGCCAGGAUCAAGCAUCACUGACACAAAAAACUCCUUCACUUCUUUAUAUACAACAUUUCUCCAUUUGUUACUUGAUGAUGGCCCAUUGGAGAUUUGGAAAGACCCCGAGUUGGUGGAGAUCAGAUCACAGUACAAAAAGCGUAGAAAAGACUUGAAGCUACACUUUUGUCACCUUUGGGCUAGUAUUGUUAGACUAACCAAUUUGGUCACAUUGAAUUUCGUUCCAUUGGUGAAGCAUUCAGAGUACUUGGAUGGGUUAUUGAGGCGUAUUUAUCACAAGAUUGAAGAAGUGGACCUGUUGCAGUAUCAUUUGAAGUUUUUGUCCAAGUUGGGCGAAGACCAAUUGAUUGUUUCCUUGCACGUGCAUUACCUUAUUGCCAAUGUGUCGUGCUCACUAUAUAAUGGAAUUUUGAAUUUAGGAUCGAACAAGUUAAUCAUCAGCACUUUAGAACAGUUGAUCAAACAAUGUCAAACUUGGAUUACUGAUGUGGGAAUUCAACGGUUUAGCGAGGCUAGAAAGUUUGAAAUUUUGAUAAUUCUUGACUACUUGUCGUACUUUAUGAUUUAUUUGAUAAUGUUACAAGGGGAAGAAUUAGGAGAUGCUACAAUAAUCAAUAUUGUUGUGCCAAGUAUUUUCACCAAGUUGUCACUGCUUAUUGAGCUGUUACGUGUAACUCCAAAACGCCACGCUCAGUAUCUUUACUCAAUAGGGACAGAGGUGUUGACGAGACUGGUCCAAUUCGUCGUUGGACUUCUCUUUAGAUUCAGAAAUGAGACUCAACCAUCUGGUUUGUUGAAAAAAGAAUGUACAACGGUAUUGACAAACAGAGGUGUCCUUACGCCUACUGAAUGUAUGGAUAACCUUACUGAAGAGAUUGAACAGAUUGUGACCUUUUUGGAUUCGGUGUUGAUAAACAAGGAGCGAUUAACAAAACUUACAAAAUUGUGGAAGUUUUACAUUACCUUGAGCAAGGACUUGAAUUACUCCAAACUUCAUUCUGGAAUACCCAACUUCAAAACUGGAGACACUUCUUCUGCUUGUCCCGUUUUUGCUGAUGGAGAUGCGCAAUCAGCAGUAGCGGCUGCAACCACGGCAUCCUCAUCUUGUCCUGUUGUGCACACAGGGAAGCUGAUUGCAGGAUCCGCAUCCAGAUGUCCCAUUAUGCACAGUAGUGGGAACACGGCAUCUACUCCAGCCGAGACAAUGUCCUUGAAUGAAUCAAAUACUUCAAAAAGAGAAGUGCCCAAAUGUCCAAUUUCGCUGAUCACAACCCCUAUGAAUGAUGAAGAAGUGCAGGUGAGUCAGUUACCACCACCUUUGCAAGCAGCAAGUCGUAAGUCGCCACAGCACCACCAAUUGCAAUCAGCCAUGAACAAGAAGAUGAAAAAGUGUCCAUUUGAUCAUGGAUCAAUGAUGAGAUCGAAUUUGUACCCCAAUCAAAUUGAAUCGAGUAUAAGAGGUAACUUUGAAACUUUCAAGACGCAUACACUGAGUCCACUGGGCUCGCGUGGGAGCGAAGAGGUUUAUUCGGCAACUAUACCACCACAGUUGCAAUCAGUCAAUAUAACUACCGCUGGAGACGCCGAAUCAGUGAAAUACGGUGCUGACACGGAAGUAAGUGCUACACCAGCAAUGUCUGGUCGAGGAGUCCCGUCACUUGGUCCCCAUCAACCACAGCAACCACAGCAACCACAACAGAUUCAAGAAAAUCAGCUGCCUCCACAACAGCCAUUACAAUUCAUGAAUGGUUUGGAAAACUUGGACGUAUUGAAUCAAUUUCAUGAUUUUGACUUUGAUUUCUUGAAUCAAGAAAAUAUGUUGGCACACUUUGGCACGGUUGCCAACGGGAACGGACUUAAUGAUGACUUGGAUAUGGGGUUGAAUAAUCUUGGAAACGGUAAUAUCGAGGGUUUCUUUCAAUAA